UGAAUUCGAAUUCAAGUGAUAUUUGAAAUAAAUUUUUUCAAUUGUAGGAGUUCAAAUCAAAGAUGACAAAGGAAACUUCGAUUUCUGUACGGCGGUUCGUUUGAUCUAUGACUUGCGGGACUAUCCUGAAGAAAUAAACCGAAAAAGCGGCGAAUGGAGAUCGUUGCUAGAAAAAUUCACAAUGCAGUACGAGUCCCCCUUCAUCGAGGUGGGCAUCUGGCAUGACCAGUCGCUUAACGAUGGCCUACAUGCAAACGUGCAACGCGUCAUACCGAACUUCGCCGUCACCUACAUGACUUUGACAAUCUUCUGCGUGAUAACGAAUUUGGUUUGGGACGAAAAG